ACCAAUACACAGAUACUAUUCUAAUCGCACCGGUUCGCAAACUGCAAUCAAAAGGAGCAGCAGAUAGAAGCAAAAACAGCGCAUCUGUCGCACUCAUUCGGUACGAGGUUUAGCUAACUCCUCUUGCUGUAGGAACAACAAUUUUUCGUGUCGGAGGGAAAAGAGACGGAAAAUAUUAUGCCCGGAACGGUGGAGAAGAUCGUAGCCGAUGCCGACAAACACCUGAGUGAUAUUACGGCCAUCGUGUACUCGCAGGACCAUGUUUUCACGUCCGGCGGAGAUGGUAAAGUUAAGAUUUGGACCAAAGAUUUAUCUCUCAAAAAAGAGAUAGCCGUUCACGAGGCCUGGAUCUACGCAAUGGCGGUGGACUCGCUGGGACGGAUAUAUACCAGCAGUUGCGAUGGUACGAUCCGUUGCUUGCUGAACCCUCUGCAGUCGGAUGACGUGAAGGAACUGCUCAAGUGUAGCGACGAAAUCGAGUCACUGUACGUUGACAGUAAGGACAACCUGUGGAGUGGAGACGACAAAGGAAUCGUUACCAUGUGGGUGGACCACAAGAUCAAGUUCAAGUUCAAUCUGGUGGAACAGGUCCGUUCGUUGGCCAUUCAGAACAAUCUGAUAUAUUCGAUUCGGGACAAUGAUCUGACGAUUACCGAAGUGCUGGAAGGUUCCGCCACCGGUCGUUACAUUACCAAGGCCAGCGUUCCAGGCAAAUGUCCGGUGGUGCUGUGCGGCACAUGCUCGAACAAUGUCCAUAGCAACCUAGCAAUCAUUACACGGGAUGGUCUAGGAAUCACCUUAAUCAGGAACAAUAGUAAGGAACAUUUUUCUGUACAGUGGACCAAAGAGAAAGCACACGAUAUGAUCAUCAACUGCGUGCUGGGUGCCAAUGAGCUUCUGUAUACUGCCGGCUACGAUGGAAUCGUGAAGCAAUGGACGAGUCUGGAGAAGGACCCGAAGCUUGCAGAAGAAGUAAACACCGGAAGUGGUUGUUUGAACGCGUUAUGUUUAGGUUCGGAACGAACCAUCGUUUACGUAGGUGGAAGUGACGGAUUGCUCAAAAUGGUGAGAUUCUCCGCCUAAAUCUACUACCUCUCGAUGCUAAAAAAAAGGAAAAGUGCCAUCAAACGUGUUUUCAGUUUAGUUAUGCACUUGACUAUAAGAUUCAACUUUUAAUUGUCCUUUUGUUUCCUAUCAAAUCAGACCAAAGUGAAUCAGUUCGAUUCAUCAGACUAAUAAAACUCUUAAUACAUUUUUGA